AUGCCACAACAAAAGUUUAGCAAACCUCCUGACAAGGGUCAGGAUGACCAGGGUAGUCUGAUCACCCCUCCCACGACCGACGGCAGACAGCGCGGAGCUGUCGGCGAUGUUCAAACGUCUUUCGAUGAUUUGACUGAAUCCCCUGCCAUCCGUCGAUCUGGUCAGUUGCCAGGACUCCAAGAAUACCAAAUGUCAUCGGACGAUGAGUCCAAUGUGUCUAAUGAGCUCUGGCCAUCCCAGCCUCGUCCAGAUGUAUUCAGUGGUCGGCUUCAAGCGGAUCAGACUCUGUUGGAUCUUACCGAUCACGAUGUAGAGAUUGACGCCCAGCUGCAAUCGAAUACCGCUCAUCUGCCCGAAAUCAACGUUCCACCACAAGACGAAGACAUUCAUGCCAAUCCGCAGCCCAACCCCCCGCGGAGACCUUGGACCAGGUUAACUCAUGAGAUUGAUAGUAUGCUGAGAGGCAGUAACACAGUGCAGAAUCAACAGCCUCUGCAGGCUCCUGCACAGGUUGCUUCUCAGCCAACCAAGCCUCAGCCAUCUCGCGAUGAGGCGCGACUCUCGGGAACCCUUGCCGCCCAACAUGCCUUUGAGGCCCGACUAUCUCGAACGGCUCGUGUGGAGUUAAACUUCCAGGCUGAAGUCCUUCGUAAUCGCCCAGCGCCAGAGACCAAUUCUGACCGUGCAACCCUCUACGAACCGGGACCACGGGGAUUCCAGCUGGGUGAGGACAGCCAGAUCCCACUCGUCAAAGCCGGGACCGCAGUGUUGCGCCCAGGCCCUUGGGCCGCACUUAUCCUAAAGUCCGAGAUUGCAGUCGCUAUUGUUGGGUCUGAGCUCAUCCGAGUAUUGAGAAGGCUACCUGCCCAGCAAGAGAUUAGUAUCCGCUGGGGCAAACAUGUUGUUCUUACAGGGAAUAUCCUAUUCCAGCGAACCAGUAGCCAGUUGGCUAAUGUGGAAGCGGCGACGAUCCAAGUGGUUGGAGAAGUCCAAUACGGCCUUUACCAGUGUCAUUCCUGCCAGCGCGACGAGGGGCUCUUUGCCCACUGUGUAAAAGUGGAGGGUAACGAGGCCUGCGGCAACUGUCACUUUGGGAGGAAUGGUCACCAAUGCAGUUUUUCGGCCAUCGUGGCACCAAACCGGCGUCGAAAGAGGAUCACCUUACCUUUUGUCGAGCUCCACGACCUUGUGAAGCAAUUGCAGGCUCUGUUGAUUCGAGUGAAAGCGUUGAAGACCGAAGUGCGGGUCGUUCAGAGCAAAGGUGUUGAGGCCACCAGGAAGAACCCAGAGGCUGAGCUUGGGCCUGACCAUCCCUGCCUGACUCAGAGAAUGCAAGACUAUUUCCGAUUCUUGCGUCACGCGUUCCUCGGAGACCUUCAUACACGCUUGAGUACAACCGAUGAUAACAUCGAGGAUAUUCAAGACGUCAUCCAAAAGCUCAUUGAAGAUAUGGAGAACCUCAUGAGCUGA